AUGUUUUAUACGGUGAGACUGCGUCAAGGUCGGAUACAACUAGGGUUGGCCCUUUUGGUUGCAGGUGUAUUUUUCUACCAUGUGGUCCAAAAGUUCCUUGAACCUCCCACAAUAAUGUAUGUGGACAGUGAGACUAAGAAGGUUAUUCAAUAUGAUCCCAAUGAGACUGUGAUUGAAAAAGAUAAGACAUCCAAGAUGGCUAUCAAGCAAGUACCUUAUGAAAGGGCUAAUGCCACAUUUGUUACAUUAGCCAGAAACAGUGAAUUAUACAAGUUACUUCCAUCUAUUAGAGCUGUUGAAGAUCGGUUUAAUCAUAAAUAUCAUUAUGAUUGGGUCUUUUUAAAUGAUGAAGAGUUUACUGAUGAAUUCAAAACUCUAGUUACAGCCCUAGUUAGUGGGAAAGCACAAUUUGGUAAGAUUCCUAAAGAACAUUGGUCUUAUCCUGAAUAUAUUGAUAAGAAUAAAGCUGCUGCUGUAAGAAAGCAGAUGAAGGAGAAAAAGAUCAUUUAUGGAGAUUUAGAAAGUUACAGACAUAUGUGUCGUUUUGAAAGUGGGUUCUUUUAUCGUCAUCCUUUAAUGGAAAACUAUAGAUGGUAUUGGCGUGUUGAACCUGAAAUCCAAAUCUUUUGUGAUGUUGAUUACGAUGUUUUCAAGUAUAUGGAAGAAAAUAAUAAGACUUAUGGUUUCACUAUUUCUAUUCAUGAAUUCCGAGCAACUAUUGAAACAUUAUGGGAUGAGACCAAAAAGUUUAUGGCCAAGUUCCCACAAUUUGUCGAUAAAGAUAACUUUAUGGAUUGGAUUUCUGAUGAUAAAGGAGAAACUUAUAAUUUAUGUCAUUUCUGGUCUAAUUUAGAGAUUGCAGAUAUGGACUUUUGGAGAGGUGAAGCAUAUACCAAAUAUUUUGAUCAUUUAGAUCGAGCAGGAGGAUUUUUCUAUGAAAGAUGGGGUGAUGCACCAAUUCACUCAUUAGCUGUUGCAUUAUUCCUUCCUAAAUCAAAAAUUCAUUAUUUUGACAAUAUUGGUUACAAACAUAGUGUUUAUACCCAAUGUCCAUUAAAUCAUGAUUUCAGAGUUCAACAUAAAUGCCAUUGUGUGGCUAAAGACGAUUUUACCUUUAGAGGCUACAGUUGUGGGAAACAAUAUUAUGAAAAAAUGGGAUUAACCAAACCUAAUGAAUGGAGUAAAUUCACGUAA